AUGGGUCGCAAAAACAAGGGAAAAAGUGUGGCGGAGCCGGUCGCCAAACAGUUGGCAGUCAUCAAUUUGAGCAUCGGACAGCUCGAAACGUUCUGUGAUAAACUGCUCGUGGUCCAAGCGGGCAAGUACAAUUGGUAAGGGGGGGGCAUACCGAAAUAAUAUUGUAGUUUUGGUUUUGUAACGGGAAAACGACGAUUUCACCACUUCCGCUUCCCAUAGAGAGCUCUUAUUUGUAUGUAUACAAAAAAUGAUGUCAUAUUUUCCCCCUCCAAAAACAAUCAAAACAACCAUUUCUCAGGACGGUGCACGUCUACCGGGGCGUGUUUUUCCGCUCGACCUACCUCGUCUUCGACCUCUACUGUCACUGUUCGCAGUCGAAUUGGAGCCUCGAGGCGGAGGCGCUCGUCUCGAUCGCCAAGAAGACAUCGCACCGGAUGGAGCACCACUUUGAGAACAAACGGAACUGCGUCGCGUGUCCGCCGCUGAUCGCGUGGGCGGAUUUGAUCGAUCCGGCCAACGGGUACCUGGACGGCGAGGGGAACGUCGACUUCGAGGUCGACAUUUCGGAGGUUCCGAAGAAGGUCUGGCGCAAUGCGGCCGCCAUUUCGAAGGAGUAUCCGGGCAUCCGGAACCUCGAGAUCAACGUCGGAAAGUCAAAGUUCUUCUUGAACAAGGAGGUGAGUCGGAGUGUUCAGUCGGGUGCCAAGCGAGGAGCAGCGGUAAUUUCUGAAAAUUAGAAAUCGGUUAGAGUGGGUUCUCAUCAGGUUUUUUUUCGGGUUUCCUAUAAGAUCUCCGUUUUUUUUUUGCAGUUAUUGGCUCACACGUCCGUUUUCUUCAACUCUGAACUCGAGAAGGGAAAGUUCAAAGAGAACGAGGCGUACAUUCUCGAAGAAAUCUCGCCGAUGGACUUCAAACUCUACCUGGACCUCGUCUAUCUUCCGAAACAGUACUUCUCAGGUAACCUACACCAUUUCAUACUUUUAAAAACUGUUUUCUCUUGCAGCGUACUGCGCAAAGGACAUGUUGGAGGUGGCGAAUCGCUUUCAGAACACGGAAAUUGUGAUGACGUGUCAGAAUGUGAUUCUCGAAGAUUUGAAGGAGAAUAAGUUGAGCAGCAAGGAUAAGGCCAAACUGGCGGAAGUGUACGACUUGGCCACCGUCAAAGUGAGUCACCAACUUUUUGGCUACCGUAAUCCCACUAAUUUCCAGGAGCUGUUCAAGCCAGAGGCGCUCGUUCCGCACUCGAGAAGACCGCGUUUCAUGGCGCCCGAGGAUCCGAGAAAUCUUUCAGAGGACAUGGACCUCGGCGGCUUCUUCCCGCCCACAAUCAUCCACAAACAUCUCGAGACGUGUCCGAUAGGCCAAAUCGAGCGGAAUCAGGAAGAAGAAGAAGAAGAAGAAGAAGAAGAAGGAGGAGGAGGAGGAGUGGAAGAGGAAGAGGAAGAAUUCGAUCAAACGAUUCCAUCGACUUCCGGUCUCACCAACUACUAA